AUGUAUAUGGAGGACAAAAUUGAACCGGAAAUUCUCAAUGACGAAGACAAAAAAAGUUUAGACGAGGCUGCCGAGGGGGAGGAAGAAAACGAUUCAUCAGAAGAGGAAACUGACGAAUAUAGUACAGAAUCAGAGGGCUCUUCAGAAGAGGAUGAAUCUAUAGAAGAGGAAGAGCCAAAGUUAAAAUAUAAACGUCUGGAGGCCGACGUUGGAGAUUUAUUAAAAAACGAUGCUGCGAGUGCGAUGGCGGUUUCAGACAAAUAUGUGGCUUUAGGGACGCACAACGGAGAUGUUUUUAUACUGGAUUUUGAUGGAAACCUGAUCAAAAAAUUCUCAACGCACUCAGCCACCGUUAAUGACAUAUCGAUUGACGCUGCCGAAGAAUAUGUUGCCAGUGCAUCAAUAGAUGGGAAAGUUGUUAUUCAUGGGAUGUACGUCGAUUCCGAACAAGUAUUUAAUUAUCGACGUCCUCUUAAAUGUGUAGCACUUGAUCCUGAUUUUAGUAAAAAGGAUACUCAGCAAUUUGUGUCGGGCGGUUUGGCUGGCCAGUUGAUUCUAAACGAAAAAGGUUGGUUUGGUCAUAAACAAGAUCGAGUUCUUCAGCAUUCCGGUGAGGGUCCAAUUUAUGCUGUAAGAUGGAGAGGGAAUCUUAUUGCUUAUGCAAACGAUGAAGGAGUGAAAAUGUAUGACAAUCAAUCUCAACAAAGAAUUACAUAUAUAAAACGACCUCCUGGUAGUCCUCGAGCAGAUUUGUACCGAUGCAAUCUUUGUUGGCGUAGUGACACUCAAUUAUUGAUCGGGUGGGCAAAUUAUGUUCAAUUUGCCAUUGUCAAGGAACAGAACGUUUCUGGUCGGCCACCACUCUAUGCAGAAGUUUCCAUGAUACAAACCGACUUUAUUGUAUGCGGGAUUGCCCCUUUCAAUGAUAUGACACUGUUGCUGGCAUAUCUUACGGACGAAAUUGUGAAAAACGAAGAAACGAAUGAUCCUGAGCAACAUAAACGACCCCGUGCAAAACAACCCGAAUUACAAAUAAUGGAUCCAUCUAAUGAAGUAAUUUCAACAGACGCUUUACCGUUACAUGGAUAUCAUCAUUAUCAAGCAAAUGACUAUAUACUUGGUUAUUUUCCAUCUGAAGAUAUGUUUUAUGUUGUUAGCCCUAAAGACCUUGUCUUGUCAAGACCACGUGAUCUGGAUGAUCAUAUCAGUUGGUUGCUGGAACGUUCCAGGUAUGAAGAGGCAUUGAAAGCUCUUCGUGAAGCUCAGGAAUACUCUGAAGCUGCAAAGAAAUGCCCCGAAAUUUUAAAGAAAAGUAAAGACUUAUGGGAACAUUGGGAAAUUACACCAUAUGUACCUUUUGAAGAUCCACAGCUAAGUAGUACUGUUUACGAAAUGGUCUUGGCUCAUUUCUUGAACUAUGAUCACCAGUCGCUAUGUGAAACCAUAAUGAGAUGGCCAUCAACAAUUUACAAUAUCUCAAGUGUAACGGAAUUGGUAGAAGACAGUUUAGAAAAGGAACCUGAUAAUAAAACUCUAAUGGAGUGUCUUGCUGAACUAUAUGCUUAUAAUCAAGAACCUGACAAAGCUCUCGAGUAUAACCUUCGUCUUCGAAGACCAAACGUAUUUGACUUAAUAAGAGAAUAUAAUCUAUUUUCUGCUGUGCAAGAUAAGGUAGUCCUUCUGAUGGAUUUUGACCAACAUUUAAUGUCGGAAGCCGAAAAGGAAAAAGAAGAGAAAGACAAGGGACAAGAUCUGACGAAAAGUAAUGAUGCGAGAAUUUCAAGAAUAAGGAAGGCCACGGAAAUGCCAGCAGUACAAUUAUUGAUAGAAAAUACAGAUUCAGUGCCAAUUCCUCAUGUUGUAAGUCAGUUGAGACGUUAUCCUAUGUACUUGCACAUCUAUUUGGAUGCAUUGUACAUCCGAGAUAUUCAUAUGGGUUACGAAUUCCAUAACGACCAAGUAGAGUUGUAUGCUGAAUAUGAUUAUCCUAGACUGAUGAAGUUCUUAGAAACUAGUCAUUAUUAUUACGACCCCGAAAAAGCAUAUGAGAUUUGCAAGCAGAGAGAUCUCGUUCCGGAAAUGGUAUUUCUCCUUGGACUUAUGGGUCAUAAGAAGGAGGCUCUGAUGUUGAUCAUAGAUCGUUUAGGAGAUGUUCAAUAU